CUCGCUGGCCUCGCGCGGGUCUCACGUGGAUCCUCCGUCAUGGCCAGCUGGGUGUUCUGUAAUCGCUGUUUCCAGCCGCCGCACAGGAAGUCGUCCUUCAGCCUCACCAGCUGCGGGCACGUGUACUGCGACUCCUGCCUCAAAGGUAAAAACAAUGAAUGUGUGAUCUGUGAAGUUCCUUGUCGGACAGUUUUACUCUCAAAACAUACUAACUCCAAUAUCCAGACAUUCUUUCUGGGCAUAGAUGGUCUGUGUAAGAAGUAUUCCCAGGAGACCUCUCAGAUUUCAGAAUUUCAAGAAAAACACAGGAGGAGGUUAGUGGCUUUCUAUCGAGAAAAGAUUUCUCAGUUGGAGGAGUCCCUUAGAAAAUCAGUACUACAAAUCAAGCAACUACAAAGUAUGAGGUCAUCACAACAACCAGCUUUCAACACAGUCAAAAAUCCAGUUUCAACAAAGCCAAAUGGAUAUCUCAACUCUUCACUCCCUGACAGAAUAGAGUCGAUGGAUAUUGACCUGACUCCUCCAACAAGAAAGCCUGAGAUGGCAGCAGGCCCUUCAAGAAUCUCUCUGAUUAGUCCACCUCAGGAUGGACGCAUGGGCAGUGUCUCCUGCAAGGGACCCCAGCAUCUCAGCUUGACACCCAGCCAUGCGAACAUGACGAAGGCUAUCAGAGUCCCACCGUUGCAGGUGCCCUACAAGGAGCUGUCAUCACCUCCAGCAUCACAGCUGUCCGGCAGAGCAGCACGAGGGCCUUCCUCCAGCAUUAGCGGCUCAUGGGCAGGACCACCUCGGCAGCCCAUCAGUAUCUCAGGCCUGCUGCAGAGACAGUGUGCAGGGCCAGCAUCCCCUGGGGGAGUGGACACUGAGAAGAGGAGCCCGUUCUUGCUUUCCACACCUGCAAAUCUACACUCUGCAGCCAACCCCUGGCAUAUGUGUGUCCGUCGGUAAAUAUCACUGUAGAGUUCAUUCUAGAGAGAUGAUGUAACUAAAUAAAGUAGCUUUCUGAUUAAG